AUGCCUAAUGAGGUCGCGACUGACUCCCCUUCAAACACUGCGAACACCGCGGACACGGGAGUCACUGAGCUCAUCAAUGCUUCUGGCCACGUACAGGAACUCGAGCGGAACUUUAGCCUUCUCGCCGCUGCUGGGGUCGGGCUUGUAGUUGGCACCGUAUGGCCGGCUGUCGGGGGGUCGAUCCUCGUCGCCAUCUUCAACGGCGGUCCUCCAGGAGUCAUCUAUGAGUUCAUUGCAGUUUCGGUUUUCUACUGGAUAGUGGCUGCCUCUUUGGCGGAAUUGGCCUCAGCCAUACCUUCCAGCGCUGGGGUUUAUCAUUGGGCUUCAGUAACUCCAGGCAAAAAAUGGGGUCGCCUGGUUGGAUUCUUUGCCGGAUACUGGAACUGGCUGGCAUGGGUGUUUGGUGCAGCAUCAAUGAGCUUCAUCCUCGCGAACACGUUCGUGCAGAUGUAUGCUCUCGAGCACAGCGACUUCACUGCGAAGCGGUGGCAUGUCUUUGUGACUUAUCUGAUUGUAACCUGGAUUGCCUGCCUGUGCGUCUGCCUGUUCAACAGGGCGAUGCCUUAUUUGAACACUGUAGGCAUCGUCCUCCUUCUGGGCGGUCUCCUAGUUACUAUUAUCGUUGUGGCCGCAAUGCCAGGAUCCGGCGGACAUCCACCACAUGCCUCCUCUAGUUUUGUUUGGACCGAAUGGACUGCUGACAUAGGAUAUCCUAAUGGGUUUGUGUUUGUUGCCGGAAUGCUGAACGGCGCAUACUCUGUCGGAACGCCAGAUGCCGUGAGUCACAUCGCCGAAGAGGUUCCGUAUCCUAGCAAGAACAUUCCAAUCGCCAUCGGGCUGCAGAUGAGCAUCGGAUUCGUCAGCGGACUCUGCUAUAUCAUCGCGAUCAUGUAUGCAAUCAACGACUACGAAGCUCUGUUCAAUGCGCCGUUCCCACUUGCCGAGAUAUAUCGCCAGGCAACCGGGUCAGCUGGAGGUGCCAUUGGCUUGCUGUGUCCAUUCCUCUUCUGCAUCGCAACCUGCUUGGUAGGAGUAUAUAUCACAGCCGGCAGGACAUUAUGGACGCUCGGACGAGACGGUGCGACUCCGUUUCCUCAGUAUAUCAGCAAAGUGUCCCAGAGGUUCGAAAUGCCUCUCUAUGCAACUCUAGUGUGUGGCUGUCUGGUGACUGUUCUGGGCUGCAUCUAUGUUGGGAGUGCUACGGCCUUCAAUGCAUUCGUUGGCAGCUUCGUGCUAAUGUCUUCUUCAAGCUAUAUCGCAGCCAUCCUUCCUCAUCUUCUGACCGGUCGCAAAAACGUCAAAUUUGGCCCGUUUCAACUGGGAAAAUUUGGUGUCGCGCUGAAUAUGAUUGCGUGUGGAUACAUGAUCGUCUGGUUCGUCAUUUACUGUUUUCCUUUCGCUUUGCCCACGAAUGCGGAAACCAUGAAUUAUGCCUGUUUGAUCUGGGGAGGUCUGACGACCUUCGUCACGGUUUGGUGGUUCCUUGGUGCAAGAAAAGACUAUGUUGGACCCAAACCCGCUGGAGGGGUAGAACACGAGGUUGAACACGUGAGAAGAGCUAGUGUAGAGAAGCGAGUUUCAGUGUAG